AUGUUGAGACGCGCCACCAUCGGCUCGAAAAAGAGACGUGCGCAUAUCCGGCAUGAAAAUACAGAGCUUGGCGCUGGCGCAGGUGUCACAGAAGGCCCGAUUAUGGUGCCUGGCCACAAUGCCUUUCCCGCUCAGGAACAUGCCUCACGGAAUGCAAAAGCCCACGCUCGCGUUUCUGAGGAUAUGCCGCACACUGCACGCGGAGGAUAUGUACAGCCAGCUCCGGUACAGAGUGCACCUUUAUACGGAAUGCAAGAUCCACCGGCAAGCGCCCCAAUGACUACGCCAUACACCCACGCAGGUCCAAUGGAUUCCAUGGGAAGCCCCUCGCCGAUCCGCCAUGCUCAAGGUCCCCCAAUUGCACACGCGCAAGCUCCUCAAGAAGUGCAAAUACCGUCUCUUGAAAUGAGGGUGCCGCCGAAUCAUGCUACCCCAGAGCGCUCCACCAACACACCCACCCAGUACCUGAACUCGCCGCAGCAUACCAGCGUGCGGAACGUGCCGUCUGUUGAAACAACGCCAACGCCAAUGCUUGUGUCAUCCAGAGUAUCGCCGCAGCCCCCCCUCCAAGCAGCAACGCCGACGCCCAAGGAGCGGCGCAAUCCCUCGUCCAUCCAAGACAGACCGGUCGGUUCCCUGACGUACGAACGCCAACCUGCCGCUCUUGGCGCGGCGCUUUCAGCUCUUUCUUUUGCGAGCCGUAAGCGCCAGACAGAGAGGAUUUUGCGCGGCGGCACGCGCCAGUUAGAGACGAACACCAUCAUGACGCCGGCGCCGGGCCUUGAGCCUGCCAAGUAUGUCAACGCAAGCGACGAGCCCGCAUUCCGUGAUUUGAAUGCAGUAUUGCGCAAGCUCAAGGCUGAAUGGGGAUUUUUACUUGGGGAGCGUUUCAAUCCAGUCCAACUUGCCCUUACGCUCCUUCCUGGCGCUCCGUUGCGCGCGCGCCAAUCGGAAUUCUCUGGGCUAAAUUCCUUGAUUGAGACUACGCUGCAAGGCACCCUGGAUGACCACUAUGAGUCCUUUGCCACUGCCAUUACCCUCAAUUAUGGAGUGGCCAACUCUUUGGGCGAUGCGCAGACCAACAUUACUUCUGCGCGCCAAAAGCUGCGCAGUGCGCGCGAUACGCUCGGCGCGCGGCGUGCGGAUCUUGUACAAAUGUGGCAGCGGAUUCAGAGCAUCAAGGAAGCGAUGCGCGUUCUCGGCCUUAUCGAGCAGCUCCGCAGCGUCCCCGACGAGCUUGAGUCGCUCAUGUCUGCGAAAAACUUUUUGGACGCGACACAACUCCUGAUGCGCUCUUUGCGCCUUAUUCAGCGCGAGGAUUUGAGCGAGGUAGGCGCGACUGCAGACUUACGUGCCUAUUUGCGCUCCCAAGAGCACUCGCUCCUCGAGAUUCUUAUUGAAGAGCUGCACAACCACUUGUACCUGAAGAGCUACUAUUGCGACGCGCGGUGGAAGAGCUACACACCUGGCCAAGAAACGCUACCCGACCCCAUGUUUGGUACAGAGUACACGCUGGGCGCCGAUGUCGGCGCAACGCGCCCCAUCAAGCUCGCGCGCUUUUUGAGCUUUUUGCGUGGCAAGAUUGUGCACCACCAGCCUGAGAAUGACACGCUUUUGGACAGGCCUUGUGACGCAGAAGCAGAAGAUGCACCCGAGACGAUUGGCCUCGAAUCAAGCCAAAGUCCUGAGAACGACUCCUUCCUUUACAUCGAGACGCUGCUGCAAAGUCUUGCGCGCCUCGGCAAGAUUGGGUACGCACUAGAAAUUAUUGCGCAGCGUCUUCCCCUUGAGAUCCACCAGCUUGUGGAUACUACUAUCGACGAAGUCGACCUGCGCCAUGAUCCACAUCGCCAUACCAUGCGCAGCACAGCAGCGGCCGAAUCGGCACUUUUCUCAGCCGCGCUUACAACCUCCUUUUUGGAGGAUGGCAGCUCGCGCAAAUCCUUUUCGCUGCUUUCUGCCGCACAACUCAGCGAAGCGCGCGGGGGACGUUUUAGCCAGCCGGAACAUUCCGCGCUUCAGCGGGACAUGGAGACGAUGCGCGACUUUUUCUGGACCUUAUUUUCCAAGCUGGACGCUGUGCUGCAAAGCUACCGCGUGAUCCAAGAGGUAGCGAGUCUCAUCUUUAGCCAAGCGGGUCUUAAAGGCGUUGCUGCUGCCGAGCGUGUCGACACGGAGCUUGGCAUUCCCGCUUUUGCGCACGUCUGGCAGACCAUUGAGCACGAAGUGAGCGCGUUGUUGCGCGACUACCUGUCGGAGGAUAGCCAAGACGUGAAGAAUGCGGCGCAGUUUGCGCCGCCUGUCAAUGCUGUUCUCCGCGCCCAGCGAUACGAGCGCGACCGCACGCAGUCCAUUUUCCGUAUUGCCGAUGCGCGCAAGCUCAGCAAGGAGGUGCACAGCAUGGAGCAAACCGUCGAUGCAGCGCUCCAGCGCUUUGUCCCUGGCCUUAUGACGCAGGAUGCUCAGCCGAGCGUCGCGACCGACGCGCCGCGCUACGAAGACGAGUCAAGUACGGGCCACCGCCUGCUGGUGCGCCCGCUCACCUUUACCGCCUCGGUUCUCUUUCAGCCCACGCUUUCUUUUAUCCAGCGCGUCCAGCUUAUUUUGCCGCGCGACGCAGACAAGACCUCGCACGACUUUGGCGGAUUUUUGCGCAUAUUUGUCCAGGACUUGUUUCUGCCUAUGCUCGAGGAAAAGGUGCACGCCAUCACAGCGAAAGCUUCUAGCGCGCCCGAGGCUUUUACGCCUGAGCCUAUGCGCAAAACACACACUGUGCGUCCUGUCGUCCGCUCCGCCACCCAGAUUGUCGCGCUGGUCGACAGUCUGUACACGAUGCUGCAAGCUGCGCCGCUCCACCGCGCCUCCUAUUCGCGCCUGAUUUUGCUCACCUUUGUCGAGUAUUACGCGCAGUGCAAUGCGCGAUUCAAAAAGCUUGUCUCGAAGGACAUGGACGCAGAGCACACUUCCGGGCCGUACAUGACUGCGGCGAUCUGGGCGCAAAAGUCUGAUUUGUAUACCUCGCUCGACGAACUUAUUCAGCUAGAUCCUGCCGAUCUUCGCGCACUCGAGCUGAAAACACACCAAGUCGUGCUGGAGCGCGAAUAUGCGCAGGGACAGCCCAUUUGCCGUGCCGAUUUGAUCACCUCGCGCAAACGGCACGCCGCCUUGGCGAACCUGCAGUAUAGCAUUUACUGGCUCCUUGCGCAUAUUUCGCAGCUGCGAGUCACGGAUGCCGACGAUGUGCGCGCCAAUGUCGACAACAAGCAGCUUGCGCUGCCGUUACACGCCGACCUGAUUGCACGCUCCGAAGAGAUUCCCAAGCAAUUUUUGCUCCUUUCUCGCGUCGUGCUCAUGACAUUGCGCGAGGAAUUGCAUUUGAAAACGCUGCACUACCUGCACUUGGCCGUGACAGAGGGCACGUAUGUAGUCGAUGGCUUAUCGCACGAGCCCGAUUCCCACGUUGUCGCUCUGAAUACCGAGCUGAGUGCGUGCAACGAAGUGUACAAAGAAACGCUUUUGCCAGAGCACCAGGCAUUUUUAUUUGACGGUCUCGACAAGCUCAUGGACGCGAUGAUGGUCAGCGCCGUGACAAGCACCGGCGCAGUCAACCACCACGGCGUGAUCAAAAUGAUACGCAACAUUCUUUCCCUCCAGCAAAAUUUGAAAAACAUUUUGGCUGUGCCCCAAACGGUCGACUUGGAGCGCAGCAAGAGGCUAUGGGAAAUGGUGUCGCGCGAACCAGAACAGUGGGUCGCGGCGCUUCAUCGUACGGGGCCGACGCACUCUUUCGACGAGUACCGCGCCGCGCUCGAUUUGUGCCUUGGCCUAGCGCGCAGUCCAGACCAGGGCCAGCCUGGCAAGCCCAUGACGCGUCUUCCAAACGCAGGCACCACUGCAGAGCCGGAGACGACGCAGCAGCGGUACAACGAGUAUCUGAUCGAACUGCACGAAGUGGCAGGUGUGCCCAUGUAG